AUGGGAGAGUACUCAAAAGCACUUUCAUUUUAUGAAAAAGCACGUGAAAUCCAAGAAAAAACUCUUCCUGCUAAUCAUCCGUCGUUGGCUACUUCCUACAACAACCUCGGUUUUCUGUAUGAGAACAUGAAAGAAUAUUCAAAAGCACUCUCAUAUUUUGAACGUGCUCUUGACAUUCUCAAAGUUUCAUUACCACCCAAUCAUCCUCAUCUGGAAAGUGUGAAAGAAAGUAUUGAAAUGGUAAAAAAGGAACUAUAA